GACAGAUCAUCAAGCUGAAGUGCCAAGCCCUUUCUGCCUGAGUACUGAGAGCCUGUCCUCCAUGUUUUAUAAGUAUUGACAUAACACUGUGUUAACAAUGCAUCCACAGAGCUUGGCUGAAGAGGAAAUAAAGGCAGAGCAGGAGGUGGUGGAGGGGAUGGAUAUCUCCACUCGAUCCAAAGAUCCUGGCUCUGCCGAACGCACAGCACAAAAAAGGAAAUUUCCCAGCCCUCCACAUUCCUCUAAUGGCCAUUCACCACAAGAUGCAUCAACAAGUCCUAUAAAAAAGAAAAAGAAACCUGGUCUAUUGAACAGUAAUAAUAAAGAGCAGUCAGAACUAAGACAUGGUCCGUUUUACUAUAUGAAGCAGCCACUCACCACAGACCCUGUUGAUGUUGUACCACAGGAUGGACGGAAUGAUUUCUAUUGCUGGGUUUGUCAUCGGGAAGGCCAAGUCCUCUGCUGUGAACUCUGUCCUCGGGUUUAUCAUGCUAAGUGUCUGAAACUGACAGCGGAACCAGAGGGGGAUUGGUUUUGCCCAGAAUGUGAGAAAAUCACAGUCGCAGAAUGCAUAGAAACACAGAGUAAAGCUAUGACAAUGCUCACCAUUGAACAGCUAUCAUAUUUACUGAAGUUUGCACUACAGAAAAUGAAACAGCCAGGGACAGAGCCAUUUCAAAAGCCAGUUUCACUAGAUCAACACCCAGAUUAUGCAGAAUAUAUCUUUCAUCCAAUGGACCUUUGUACGUUAGAGAAGAAUGUUAAAAAGAAAAUGUAUGGUUGCACUGAAGCAUUUUUGGCUGAUGCCAAAUGGAUUUUGCACAACUGCAUUAUUUACAAUGGGGGAAAUCACAAAUUGACACAAACAGCAAAAGUCAUCAUCAAAAUCUGUGAGCAUGAGAUGAAUGAAAUUGAAGUAUGUCCGGAAUGUUAUUUAGCUGCUUGCCAAAAACGAGAAAAUUGGUUUUGUGAGCCUUGUAGCAAUCCCCACCCUUUGGUCUGGGCUAAACUCAAAGGCUUUCCAUUCUGGCCUGCAAAAGCACUGAGGGAUAAAGAUGGGCAAGUUGAUGCUCGUUUCUUUGGCCAACACGACAGGGCCUGGGUUCCAAUAAAUAAUUGCUACCUCAUGUCUAAAGAAAUUCCUUUUUCUGUGAAAAAGACUAAAAGCAUCUUCAAUAGUGCAAUGCAAGAAAUGGAGGUUUAUGUUGAUAACAUUCGUAGAAAAUUUGGAGUAUUUAAUUACGCACCUUUCCGGACACCAUAUACUCCCAACAAUCAAUACCAAAUGUUACUAGACCCUACAAACCCAACUGCUGGAACUGCAAAGACAGACAAACAAGAGAAAAUCAAACUGAACUUUGAUAUGACGGCAUCACCCAAGAUUCUAAUGAGCAAGUCUAUGCUGAGUAGUAGUAGUGGUCGUAGGAUUUCGUUGACAGAUAUGCCACGGUCACCAAUGAGUACAAACUCAUCAGUUCACACUGGAUCUGAUGUUGAACAGGACGCAGAGAAGAAAGCGACUUCCAGUCAUUUUAGUGCUAGUGAAGAAUCCAUGGACUUUAUUGAGAAAAACACAGCUUCUCCAGCACCAACGAGAACGGGUCAAGCAGGGAGCUUGUCAGGCAGCCCCAAACCUUUCUCUCCUCAAGCGUCAACGCCAAUUUCUGCUAAGCAAGAAAGAACUUCCACUCCAGGAAGCAUUCUGAAUCUUAAUCUUGAUCGUAGCAAAGCUGAGAUGGAUCUGAAAGAGUUGAGCGAGUCAGUCCAACAGCAGACCACUCCUGUGCAGCUCAUUUCACCCAAACGACAGAUACGUAGUAGGUUUCAGCUUAAUCUUGACAAGACAAUAGAGAGUUGUAAAGCACAACUUGGAAUAAAUGAAAUAUCUGAAGCUGUUUAUACUGCAGUAGAACACAGUGACUCUGAAGAUUCUGAAAAAUCUGACACCAGUGAUAGUGAAUAUAGUGAUGAGGAUCAGAAAUCAAAGAAUGAUCAAGAAGAUGGAGAGGACAAGGACGGUACAAGAAGUGACAAAGAAUCAUUGAGCUUGAAAAAAAAACCUAAGCCCCCAGCACAGAAUGAAGACAAGGAGGAACUUAAAAGCACAAGUCCAGAAGUGGAUAAAGCAGAUGACCCGGUCAAAGAAAAGGCAAUUAUAGACACUGAAAAAGAAUUUUCUGAAAAGGGAAAAAGUUUACAGCAUCCUGCAAAAGAAAAACUGAAAGGUAAAGAUGAAACAGACUCUCCAACUGUGCAUCUAGGACUGGACUCUGAUUCUGAGAGUGAACUCGUCAUCGAUCUAGGAGAUGAUCAGUGUGGCCGUGAAGGAAGGAAAACCAAGAAAGAGUCUAAAGAACCUCCUUCUAAACAAGAUGUUGUAGGUAAAACUCCACCUUCCUCCAGUGCAAGCACCCAGUCUCUACCAGAAACUCCAGUACUUACCCGCUCUGCAGUCCAGACUCCACCAGCUGGUGUGACAGCAACUACUAGUGCUUCUUCUACUGUUAGUGCUCCAUCUGCAGCCACUGGGAGCCCUGUGAAAAAGCAGAGGCCUCUGCUGCCUAAGGAAACUGCCCCUGCUGUGCAGCGUGUGGUGUGGAAUUCUUCGAAUAAAUUUCAGACAUCAUCUCAGAAAUGGCACAUGCAGAAGGUGCAGAGACAGCAGCAACAGCAGCAGAGCCAGCAGUCUCAGUCACAGCAGCCUCAGUCCUCUCAAGGGACAAGAUAUCAGACAAGACAAGCAGUUAAAGCUGUGCAGCAAAAAGAGAUCACCCAGAGCACUUCCACAUCCACUAUAACUUUGGUUACAAGUACUCAACCUAUUUCUAUGGUUACCAGUUCUGGAUCUGCAAGUACGCUUUCUUCCUCAGUUAAUACAGAUUUGCCAAUUGCAACAGCUUCAGCUGAUGUGGCUGCAGAUAUUGCUAAAUAUACUAGCAAAAUGAUGGAUGCCAUCAAAGGAACAAUGACUGAAAUAUAUAAUGAUCUUUCAAAAAAUACUACUGGAAGUACAAUAGCUGAGAUUCGGCGUUUGAGGAUUGAGAUAGAAAAACUUCAAUGGUUACAUCAACAGGAACUCUCAGAAAUGAAGCAUAACCUAGAACUGACAAUGGCUGAAAUGCGUCAGAGUCUAGAACAAGAACGAGAUCGUUUGAUUGCUGAGGUGAAGAAGCAGCUGGAAUUGGAAAAGCAGCAAGCAGUGGAUGAAACUAAAAAGAAGCAGUGGUGCGCUAACUGCAAGAAAGAGGCCAUUUUUUAUUGCUGUUGGAAUACUAGCUACUGUGACUAUCCCUGCCAACAAGCUCACUGGCCUGAGCAUAUGAAAUCUUGCACACAGUCAGCUACUGCAACACAGCAAGAAACAGAUACUGAAAUUAGCACAGAAACAUUAAAUAAAUCAUCCCAGCCCAGUUCAAGUGUGCAGUCUACGCCCACAGAAACAGCCAGCACCCCUAAGGAAAAGGAAGGUUCAGCUGAUAAAAGCAAAGAGAGUGUUACAACCAUUCCUGUAGUGGUAAGUCCUUCUGCUGGGACAGUGGCAAUGAGAACUGGAGUUCAGUAUGUUCAGACCACAAUGCCAGUCCAAGUACGAAGAGUCUAA